CCAUUUAGCGUAACAAGCUAUAGAAAGAACGAAGAUCGGUUAACUCGAGAGAUUCGAUUUACGAAUCUGCAUCGGCUCGAUGACGUUUGAAUUUGAAAAUCGUCUCCUGGGAAGGGUAGCUCCGAGCGUUUGUACAAACAGCAAGGAACGAUUAUUAAAGCCGUUUGUCACUCGUUGACGGCCCUUGCUCUCGAAAGGUUGCGAUUUCGUCGGGGGCAGAAACGCCUUUUGGCUCGUGCGCCAGAAGAGAAGACGAGACGCGGUGCGUUUGAGAGAAACGAUCGUUUAUUACGUAAGAGAACGCAACGCGGAGACGUGCGUGUUGCGGGGCAUAAAGGCAGAUACACACGAUUCUGUUUACUUGUUUGCAGCGACUGCGGCGAGAUACGUAUGUGGCGUGCACGCAUGCAUGUAUGUACGCGCGUGUUCUCUCGUCGAUGUAAGGGGAGAAAGGACGAGCGUCGAGGAUCGAGAGAGCAACGUUGCCAAAGUCUACGCAGCAAGCUUUUUUUUUUCCUUCUUGUGGAUUUUUUCAGAAAUCUCACGAGGUAGUUUCUUCGAUGUGUUUCCGCGUUUCCACGUGAUCCUGCGGCAACGCGAUGCUCCGCGCUCGGACGUCCUUCUGGUUAUGCAACUGCUAAAAAGUGACCGACGCUCAAUAUUAUAACUGACAUCAUGUUUAUCACGCGAAUUCCGUAAAAGACAUAUCGGCUGUUGUUCGAGAAAAACGAUCGAAAGUCCGAAGUUUCUAUGAUUUCUGCCAUGCACUUUGACUCUUACACAAAAACGGUAGGCGAAUUAAUUUGUUUCGCAGAAAAAAAAACCGUAUGUUCUAUUCCAGCCGCAGUUUCUAUUACUCGACACAUUCUUGCCCGAUGUUCUUUAAAUGCUAAUUGCUUUUUUCCGACGAAACAAUCAUUUUCCAUUUGCUACAUCAACGCUGUCAGCGUUGUUAUCGCGACGUACAUGCGUUUCUACGUUUCUGUGACGAGGAGACACGUCGCUUAGACGUAAAGUCCUGAGACGCGGUUCAAAACCUGUCGACCUUCGUCCGCGAUCGCGGUACGAAUAUUCUCAAUUUUAGCGAGGCUGGCCGCAGAAAUCGCGGGUGCACUCGAUUGCCCCAUAGAGCGAAGAAGUGCACGACGCGUGCGCGUAACAAACAUGCCCUUCAGAUCUACAACGAUGGAGCGUCUAUUAGAGGAGGCGAUUGUUCUUAUAUAAUGAAUGGAUCAUGUAACUAGCCGCUUCGCGGACUCGCUUCGUGGAACGAGAGACAGAAAGAGAGACGAGGAGAGAGAGAGAGCGGCGAGAGAGGAGAGAGAGAAGAGACGAGAGAGAGAGAGAGAGAGAGAGAGAGAGAGAGAUAGAGAGAGAGAGAGAUGGCUUGCCGCGUACACAUACAAGGCCAUCGAACGUGUGUCACGUACAAGCGUAUACCUGGGAAGAGUGUGUGCGACCACGUACCAGUUAGAGUCGGCUAGGUUGGUACGUAAGUGCAGCUGAAAAGGCUUUUUACUUUCUGGCCUUGAACGAAAUGUAUCCGGUGACUCGACGACCGCCGAUCGGCCGAGGGAAUUCUGUCGUUUCCCUACGUCACGUUGGGUCGCGUGGCGUCGCGUCGCGUCGCAUCGGGCCGUGUCGCGUCGGAACGAAUCCUCCGUCGCUAUAUCCUGAUCGUUGUUAUUUUUGACACGCGCCUGCUCCGUAUCCGCCAGUGAUCCGUCAUUGCGUUUAUCGAUGUCGGGCCGAUUCUACCUUUUAAUAGCCUGCACGGACAAGUGGAUAGGAUAAUAACCAGUUUCGUGGCGCAACGCACUUAUCGAACUUGCGAUCCAGAAACGUGUCUCCGCAUCAUUGUUUUCCCCGAGCGUGAAAGUAUUUCGAAACAUACGUACGCAGGCCGGACGGCUGACUACCAACAUUUCAAGCAGAAUAAUCUAUCCGAGGAAUUUCUACGUAUCGCACUCUCCGUUCGAUCGAACGGAUUUUCCUUUUUUCUUUUUCAAUUCCACCGUUAGAUUUUCUCUUCGAUCUAGCGGCGAUCUUUCUUCGUUUGUCGUUCGUUUCUCGCGUUAUUAGCUUUUCUUGUAAUAUCCAAACGUAGUCGGGCGAUUUUCGUCAGACCGGUUGAAUAGCGAGCGAGCAACGGAGACGGAGAAAACGAAAAGGAAGAAGAGAGAAGAAAUAACGGAGAGAGUACGUCACAGUUGACGGAGCGAUGCGCAAGAGGGAGAGCGUGAGAGACCAGUUGGAAAAUAGUGAUUCGAAAUCGGGGAAAGGUGUGAGUCAUAGGUUUCACGGGGUGUCAUAACCCUGCCCUCGGUUAGAAUUACGCAUUUUCGUUUCUAAAACACGGUGAAACACGUUGUCUGCUCGAUGAGGAACUAACGAGCCACGACGCUACAACCUCUAUAGAUAUUUUCAGCAGCAGCGAAUUUCGAGCGAAACACUGGCACUGGAAACGCAACCGCAGUGUCAACCGAAUCUAUAGAAAAAGUUUAUCCUUCUAAUUCCUUAUGUUUCCUUUUAUCCAUCGGUCGAAGAUUAUAAAACCACCAUUAAACGGAUAUCGCGUUCUUGUCAGAAAAGCCAUCAACGGCCGUGACGUGUUCGAUGCAAUUUCUUCUCUUGUUCGUGAUAUUUUGUGGUAACGCUGGAUCGUAUAGCCUCCCCGCAAACUUCUAUGGUGUUCCAAACGAAUGCUUUUCGAUGCUUGUGUGCGUACGUAUAAGAUGCGUGUACAUGAGAGAGGCCCGAUGAGACCGCGAAACACGGCCUAUUGAGGCUGGCGAAACGUAAUUGGGCCCACAAAAAAUGGAGCGGAAACGCCUGGACCCCAUUACAGGUCUCGUAACGAGUUCUCCGCGCGUUGCUCAAUCCGCGCUGGCUGGUUCGCGCGGUUUCAGCAGCCUCGCCUUAAUCCGAAUCGUCACGAUCUGUUCUCUUCGCGAUAAAUAACAAACAGCUCCAUUAUUUUUCAGAUUCGUAUGGCGCUGUAAUGACAAGCAAUUCCGUUCAACGGAUUUCGCGAUUUACGCUGUUAAAGCGUGAAAAUUGGACAACUUAUUUCGGUGAUUCGGUCUGCCAACGACGUAACGUUUCCCGUUUGCGGGAAAUAUUUUUCACUUGCACGCACGCAUCGCCUUUUCUUUUUUGUUAUUUAAUCGUUGAUACGAAAGCGAAACGUGAACCGAUAACGGCGGGUCAUUUUGACCAACGGGCAUCGUUAUCGGGACCUUAUUCCUUGUUCCUAACGGCGAUUCCUUACCGUUGUCAAAAAUAAGCCGGCAUCGAUGCAGCAGCCGUCCGUCGUAAACUCGGCGAUAAUAUUUACCGUUUUUGUACCAUCGGUUUAUAUUAUAUUUAUAUUUCACAGCGUCAUAUGUACGAAACAAUGUUUCAUACAUGGAUAUCGUUCGAUAGCUUUUUCGCAUUUGUACCUAAAAUCUUUACCUUGCGUAGCAUUGCUAUCGGACAAAGGUAAUGAAAAAUGCAAACGGUAAAAGAAGUCGUACCGUUUAAAGAAUUAAUUUCGGAUCUCUGCUCGUUUGACGAAAAACGGGUGGUUCUUUCGGAAAGAAGAAAGACAGAAAAUUUCAUCGCGGAUAAAUCGCAAAUUCGUUCGCGUACAUGUUCUAACAAUAUCAAUGGUGUUUGUAUUGAACGAUACAUUGUCACCGAGAAUCGACCGAUAAUCGACGAUUAUCGUCGGAAACAAUAAAUAUCCUAACCAAGUCCGUGUGCUGCGUGUAAACAGUUACGUUUCAACAGUCAAUUGCAUCGGUCAAUCGCGUAGAAUGAUAAUUGUGUGUACGGGACCUAGACCAACAUAAAUCUGAACCAAGUUUUAAGCACAUCGAACCGCGAGAAAUAACAUUCUCGGCAUCGACCAGCGUUUUCUCCGAUCAAGGCCUCGGUUUUUCAUACGAGAGCUGAAUCUUUUUCACCGGCCGAUGCUGGUGCGAGCUUCCCUCUCUUGGCCCCGCUGUCUCGCGCUUUAAUUUCCAGCCUCGACAUUUGCGUAACCCAGUUUCGCCAUUGUUCGAUUCAAUGGUAGAUCGUAACGUCCGCCAUCCGGAUAGAAGAUUAUAAUGCUCGCGUGUGUGUGGCACUGCGCAUCGUUACAUCGACAUAGUACGAUGUAUACUGACGGUCUCCUGACGCUCCAUUAUGGGAAGCAUCCAGCGACCUUGGCCGCGGAGGUUGGAGCCUGGUACACCGGGGACCGUCACGUGGACGUGACGUUAGCUUGCGACGAUGGAUCCGUCGUCAAGGCCCAUCGAGUAGUUUUGGCUGCAGCUAGUCCCCUUUUGGCUAGUCUCCUUCGUAACCCCGCAUUGGAUCAUGUGGUUCACUUGUCCGGGGUCCGAAAAACCCAGCUGACUCAUUUGUUGGAAUUUCUCUAUAACGGAGAAGCUCUCAUUCCAUCGACGGAGCUCACGCCGCUAAGGGAAUUGUUCGAGCUUCUUCAAAUUAAGUCGGAGCUGUUCGAGCCGAAUCAACCUCAAACCUCUAGUAACUCCGACCCCGAAAGGAUACCCACCCCUCAGCCCUCCGAAGGCCAGGAGAGUUCCAGCUACGAAUCGCAGUACGACGGCAGGCAGUCGAACAAUCCGGCGGACUGUUGCUCGGUACUCAUAAAAACCGAGGGAUGCGAGGAGGAACCAGAAGUGGACGUGGAAGGCGUCGAAGGUGAAACUCUCCUCACGGAGAAUAGAGAAAGCAGUAUAGAACCGCCUCGGCGGAGGGAUAGUUCGGAUCCCGUAAACCUAAGCUUAAAUUCUGGAACUUCCACUACUAGCGAAAGUUCGCACGAUAUCGUACCUAGGCCAGAAAAGCAGUUACUGGAGAGGCGAGAAUCUCUAGAGGAGGCGGAAGAGAGAAGGAGGCAAUUAGCGGCUCGACUCGCGUUAGGCUUAGAACCGGGAAAGCGAAAACCCGAGGAAAUACCUAUCCCACCUGCGGAGGCGUAUAUCGUCACGCCUCAUCGAAAACGAAGGCCAGGUUUUCACAAUGCACCCGCUCAGAAUCCAGCCUUUGUACCGUUCAAUCCUGGAUUCGAGACGCCGAGGCGGUUGCAAGCGCCACAUCCCCUCAGCGUCUCGGCACCCCCGUACCUGGACAGAUCAGUGACACCACCAGGAGCGUCGCAUAGACCACCAAGCGCGGAUCCAGCAUCGGCGGCAGGCUUGGAACCACCUUGGGGUUCUUGGGCUUUGCCAGCGGCAAGAGCGCCACCACCUCCGCCGACGGAUGACCCGCCAAAGUCUACUCCCGUUCGCGAAUAUCGGUGCAGUUAUUGUGGCAAACAGUUCGGAAUGUCUUGGAACUUGAAAACGCAUUUGAGAGUGCAUACGGGUGAAAAACCUUUCGCGUGUAGACUUUGCGUUGCUAUGUUUAAGCAGAAAGCUCACCUGUUGAAGCAUCUCUGCUCCGUUCACAGAGGCGUCAUAGCCGCCCCUGACAAUACCUUUACUUGUUGCUUCUGUUCGUUAAGUUUCGAUAGUCUACAAGAGUUAAUUAGGCAUCUGUCAGGGCCGCAUAAUAAUUUGCUACUCAGCAAAAAUCUACACGACUAGCGACAUGGAUAAGGCGAACCGGUGCUGAAUCGUCAUCUCGAACGCAUCUCGAUCAAAUAUUGCGUUUCUCGCAAAUCGAUUCGAGCAUGCUUGGAUCGUGUUCAGAUGAGAAAGUACGAGUGACUUUAAAUUUUCUCAGUAUUCGAACUCUUCUUUUUUCUUUUUUUUUUUCUAUCCCUUAGUUUCUUCCUUUUUCCAUUGCUUCCGAUCGCUAACGAAAACUUUUUGGUUUGAAUAUCGAUCUCGAGAUGAUAAGACCAUCGUGCACAGAGUAAAAAAAAAAGUAGUUUUUCCAACUUUUUUUCUGGACGAAUAUUUUUCUCGAAAGAUAUUUUAAUGUAAAAUAGCAUAGCAUUGCGUUAAGUAGCGGCAUCACACUCUCGUGCGAUUAAAUUUUCUUUCUUCGCGAAGAUGAGAAACGUUGAAUAAUUGUUACCUUGGAACGAACGAACGAACGAACGAACGAACGAACGAAAGUGGGAACGUGUUACUUUAUAAAGUUUUGCAGCAAGUUUUACGGUUCUGCGUGGUAUUACAAGAUCUUCGUGAAUCUCUUUUUCUUUUUUGUUCGAAAGUAAACAUCUUACAGCACCGGAUGAGCCUUCCACUAAAGGCGUUACGUCGUUUUCGUGAUCCUCUCUAAAUCGAAGAUAUCCGAGGACGACGCAACCAACGAUCGACUACCUGUUUAUUAUUAUAAGCGAUGACCAGUAACUCUGACCAAAUAACGUAUUUCCGACAGUGGACGUUGGUCGAAAGUGUGUCGGAUAUGUUGACGGUCUCUAUCGGGUAACGUUAAGAAAGUCGAAACGAGAAUAUAUGAUAAAAGGGAAGAGAGAAUAAAGCAAAAGAUAGAAAAUAUAAUAUAAACGAAGAGGCGAGAGUCAAUUAUCGUUGUCACGCGCCGAAUUUCGACCAGUUCACUAAAGUGAAUCCGGCACGCGUCUUCUCGUUGCGUCUUACUUAUUGAAAAAGCUUUUAAACGCUUCCGUUCGCGUCACGUGACAUCCAGCGAAACCUCUCGUUUACCUCAGAUCGCGCGCAAACAAUCUCAUGUGUAAAUAAGGUUAAUGUUUAGUCGUAGAAACAAGCGAACGGAUAUAACAAUUUAUUUAUUUUACACUUUGCAAAGGGACCAACUGAUUUUCCACCGAUUUCUGUCUUAGGUAGAUUUUAGGUAUCCUGCCCGUUAAUCACCUCGAACAAAUUUGCUCGCAGAGAGCUGUGUACGGUUUCGGAAUUAGCGUACGGAAGGAUUCGAUUAGAAGGUCAGGGAUGUAGAACAAAAAGAUAUUGGCGUUCUCCUUAUCCUACGAAGAGGAACAUUAUCGGCGAGACGCGAUUCUGGAAGAAGCGACAAUAAUUUUUUCAAAACGGUUCAACCUGUUCGCCAACUGUUGGAAUAAACGUUGCUAAUGUUCUUCCGCGUAUUACAAUCCUCGUCUUCCACUUCAUCGUAACGGUCCUUCUCCCUUCCUCCCUUGUCCCAUCUUGUGUUGUUUUUCCUUGAAACGUCUUUGGUAUCUCAGCGACUCGAGUGCCUUGUCAAAUGGGUCCAAAUUGGUCGAUUGGGCAGUGAUUUCAUGUGUUCAUAGGCUUAAGAUACGUACACGUGUAAGAUGACGAUACGAGCUCGCUUAGGAAUUGAAAGAAAGCGUUAAUUAAUUCACGUAGAAGUUUUUAAUAUCACUCGAAUUAAUCCAAGUUUCGUUAGGAUCUAGAUAGAUUGUUUUAAGUAGUAGCUUUUGUUUCUCUAAUUUCUUUUUUUGUUGGCGCAGGACGUCAUGAAUUUCUUUUCUAGAUAGGUAUUACUACCUAAGGUGCCUUGAAGAAGGGCCUCAACCUCUCUUUAGCUCCUUGGCUGUAUGAAAAUCUCAAAUACGGAACGGACGGUCUUAAAAUAAACGUACAGAAUCGAAUAAAUUCGAAUCCCAAUAAACAUCAUUAGCGAUGAUAUUGUAUUCAUUUGAAACUCGCACGCACAUUCCAUAUACACGUGAACUAUAUACCUUCACGAAACGAUUCCUCCAACUUAUUUCACGCAAAUUAUAUAUUUUUAUAUUUAACGUGACCAGAUGCGAUUUCCAAAAUUUCCAUCUUAAUAUCCCCACUCGUCGACGAUCAAACGUAUCGCUAAAUUCGAACCGUUUCACUUUUGCAAGGGGACGAUGUAAAGAAUCAGCCAGCUGUUGUUGUUCAUUAGGAUUCGUAAUUUAAAAAAAAAAAAAACGAUAUCGGAAGUGUAUUUGAAAUAAGAUCGUUCGCUCUAUUUGCCUUCGCCAUGGUAUUUUUACCGCCGGGGUAUAAACGGGCACGAAAGCAGAACAUAGGAACGUAAGAAGAGGUUAGAGGGGUGGUGUGCGCUCUCAUCAAGCCAGGCAAAAAUGGCCAGCACAAAACAGUGAACGCAAUGUGAUACUAAAUGAUAAUAAAGAUAAAGUAAUUAUUGUUUAGCGUGCGACGCUUCGGCGCAUCGCACGAGCGCGACUCGUGGCUCUUUCAAAUAAAAAGGAAAAAUCGCAAAGGAAAGAUCGCAAGAGGAAGAAGCUAACGGACGAUCCUUUUUUCUGCGAGCCGCCUAAAUAAUUUUUAGUAACUAACUUUUCGUCGUUUCUCUGUCUCCAACCCUCUCCUACCUAGAACCCUCUCCAACCUCCUCGUUCCCUCUUCUCGAGACGUAAGCGCACUAGGAUUACGUAUGCAGAUUAUGUUACUGUUAAUUAGUUACGUUUAUUGUGUAUACAUACACAGACACAGACACACACACACACACACACACACACACGCACACACACACUCGCGGCCAGAUGUCCCAAGAGGGCAUUUCUUUUCUUCCUCAACGUAGCGAAAUGUUGUAGAAAUAAAUCAUAUUUUCAUCAAUGUUGAACUUUGCUUUUGACAAUGUCGAUUAUUUAAGACUUUAAUCAAGGAAGUAAAUUACAAUCGUGAUGGUAAAUGCGUAUGCAGAGUUAGAGAGAUCGAUCGUUCGUUGUUUCCUAGAGAUAAAAUCGACGAUGCGUAUUAUUUCUGCAAUUGAAAUUUCUAUAAAAUCUUGAUUACGAAUGAAAAAAAUAAGAAAUGUCGUGAUUCCUUUCCAAGAUGAAAUGAUACUUGCUUUACGUUACCAUAUUGUACAUCACUUUCCUUUCCUUAAAUAUUCGCUUGAUUUGAAAUCAUUGUUCUUCGGACAUCUGGCCAGAGUUUUCUAGAAUUUAAGCAUCUUCCGAGCGGAGAACGUUUUCCGCGUGCUUUCUUAGUGUUCAUAGAUUUACAAGAAAUAAAUUAAUUCAGAUGAGAAAUCUGUAAAAGAAGAUAAACGAGCGAGCGAAAACAA